CGACUCAGUUCGAUUUUGCACAACGCGACGAAAUGCCGCAUAAAACGCCGCUAGUAGACGGACGAGUAUAAGAGUGGAAUGUAAAUGAACCUACUACAAGAGUAGACGGGAUUUUUUUUCUUUUGUCUUUCGUCUUUGUAUCGUAUCAUCUGCAAUCUGCAACCUGCAACUGCAAUGGAUUUUUUGAAUGUGGCCACAAAUAAUGAUGAGAAGUUGACAAGAAGUUAAUACAAUUAUUGUGUUCAAUGCUUGGAAGUUUUUUUCCCCUUUUUUUUUGUUGUGCAUAAAAUAACCACUAACGAGUAAUAUUCAUGAUGGAUAUGAACGGAUUCAGCGGCGGUCGUGUUCAAUACUUGCAGGCUCAACUGUUUCCUGUUUGCACACUAACAGCAUCCAAUGGAGCUGGCUUCCUUGGAAAUUUUCUAUCGAAAGGUCUGAAGACUAAUCAAUUAGUUCUUAACACUGAUGAAAAGACAUUGAGACCUAUUGCACGACUGAAAGAACCGCGCGAUCUUUUCGCACUGCCGAAGGACAAGGACAAUGAUUGCUCACAGCAGGCCCCCAGAUGGCCGAUAGAAUGUCAGGUCAUUGAGGAGCGAGUUGUACACAUUCCCUAUGUUCCGCCCCAAGCAGAACCACUUAAUGUGCCAACAGGCAAUGAGCUGAAGCCGCGUCCUGUAGGAGAGGAAAAUGGUAUUAUUGUGUUCACUUAUUGUCCUAUAAGUGCCGUCAACUAUGAAAACUCAAAUGUCAAAUCCAAAGCUGAGGAUAAGUCUAGCGAAGAUUCCGAUGAUUCUUCAGACUCGAGAAACGAUUUCACACCACUCAGUCGACGAAUGACGAUGCGAAAUACAAAGGGUCAAUUGAAUAGCAUAUCGAAGAUAUUGAAUAGCGUCGACGAUCGCUCGACGAGCAACUCGCAAGAUGAAGAAGACGAUGACGGCGACACAAGUGGCGAGGGCAAAGAGACAAGACAAGUAGGCGAGCAAACAACUCUCAACUGUCCUUCCAAUCUCAGUGAAAGCAAGAAAAAAUGCUUUGGCACAAAUACUGCCCCCCAAGAAUCCAGCGAUAUCGAAGAUAUUUGGACUAGCAAUAGUACUGAAUACAAGCCGGCUUCCCCUUAUUACGUGCUCAGUGAGUUUGGCAAAAAAGUGCCCAAGACGAUGAUCAUCGACAAGAUCAUCGAGAAUGAUCAGCCGCAGACCCAACAGCAGCAACAGCAGCCUCCAGCAACCACUUGCAACUCAACAUCAAGCAAGUUUAGUCGCUCAGCCGUGGGUGGUGCCAAAUUUGUGACCAACUGCCAUCCAAUGAACGCCGAGGAAUACGAUAGUCUGGAGUUUGAGUCACGCUUUGAGUCCGGCAACUUAGCUAAAGCAGUGCAGAUCACGCCCACCUACUAUGAACUAUAUUUACGGCCCGAUCUCUAUACGAGCCGAUCCAAACAGUGGUUCUAUUUUCGCGUUAGACGCACGCAUCGCAACAUGUUGUAUCGCUUUUCCAUUGUGAAUCUGGUCAAGUCGGAUAGUCUUUACAAUGAUGGCAUGCGACCCGUCAUGUACUCAACGCUGGGUGCUAAAGAGAAGAGCGAAGGAUGGCGUCGAUGUGGCAAUAACAUUUCAUACUAUCGCAAUGAUGAUGAAAGCAAUAACACUAAUGAGGAGGAUGAGGACAAUUCAAGCUACACAUUGACAUUCACCAUCGAGUUUGAGCACGAUGAUGACACAGUGUAUUUUGCCCACAGUUAUCCUUACACCUACAGCGAUCUACAAGACUAUCUAAUGGAGAUACAGCGACAUCCGGUAAAAUCCAAAUUUUGUAAGCUCCGGCUUCUUUGUCGCACACUAGCUGGCAAUAAUGUAUAUUAUCUCACCGUCACGGCACCAUCCAAUAAUGAGGAUAUAAUGCGCCGCAAGAAAUCAAUAGUGGUGUCGGCUCGUGUUCAUCCCAGUGAGACGCCAUCGUCCUGGAUGAUGAAGGGUUUGAUGGACUUUAUAACUGGCGACACAACGGUUGCCAAACGCUUGCGUCAUAAAUUUAUUUUCAAACUGGUGCCGAUGUUGAACCCUGAUGGUGUUAUUGUGGGAAACACUCGAAAUUCGCUAACUGGUAAAGACUUGAAUCGUCAGUAUCGAACUGUUAUUCGAGAGACAUAUCCAUCGAUUUGGUAUACAAAAGCCAUGAUUAGAAGACUGAUUGAAGAAUGCGGAGUUGCCAUGUAUUGUGAUAUGCACGCCCAUUCACGCAAGCACAAUAUAUUUAUAUAUGGCUGUGAAAAUAAACGCAAUCCGGAGAAGAGACUUACCGAGCAGGUCUUUCCCUUGAUGCUGCACAAAAACAGCGCUGAUCGGUUUUCGUUUGAAAGUUGCAAAUUUAAAAUUCAGCGAAGUAAAGAAGGCACUGGACGCAUUGUUGUCUGGAUGCUUGGCAUUACAAACAGCUAUACAAUCGAGGCUUCUUUUGGCGGAUCCUCGCUGGGCUCGCGAAAAGGAACUCAUUUUAACACACAGGAUUAUGAGCACAUGGGCCGUGCAUUUUGUGAGACUUUAUUGGACUAUUGUGAUGAAAAUCCGAACAAAGUAAAGCGACAUGCUAAAUUAUUUAAGCAAAUUAAAAAGAUAAGAAAACGCGAGAAACGCGAGCAGAAAGCAUUGAAAUUACAAAAAAUGGCUGAUCAGAUUUUAAAUUUACUCAAACAACAGGAAAGACUACGCUCCAAAAUAAUUGAAAGACUGAUGCGCGAAGGCUCAAGUGCCGAUGAACCGUUAAAUAUUCCAUUAUCGGAUUACUCCAGUGACGAGGGCAACUGCAGUUCCAGUUCCGACAAUGAAGGCAAGCAUUCAAUAGCUGCUUCAGACCUGGAAGGUCCUUGUUGUGCACCAAUCCGUGCGCCGCCCAGUUCGCCUGAGGUCAUGAAUGAGAUUCGUAAGUUUCGUGUUCGCCGAAUGCAUAAAGUGAUGCACGUUCUGGACCAAAUCUACUUUUCCCCGGUUCUCCAACGGAAAUUCAAAGCACUGGCACGACUCAAGCGUCGUCGUCAUAAAUUGGGAUGCAAGACAGCGAUUAGCAACAAGCGUAUGACGGGUGGUGAAGUGGCUCUAAGUUCACUCAAUGAAAAUGUGGGAACAAGCAAUACACAUGUUCAAAUAACCACAAUUAAGUCGACACGGCCAUCGAACACAGAACUCCUCGACAGUUCAGAGAGCAAUGUAUCUCAGUCAUCAUCGGAUAUAGCUACGGAUGUUAAUAGCGAUAGCAAGCAAACCAGUAAGCAGCAAUCCUCUCGUAAGAAAAUCAAGAAAAAGAAAUUCAUGCCUAUCGAAAAAGGCAAAUCGAAGACGAUUAAUCGCAAAACGCGAAUCGAUCGCAACUUGCGACUUUGGUUGGCAAACAGAAGAAUUUUUAUUUUCCGUCGUAAGAAUAAGAAUCGACGGCAGCGAGUACGUAGCAAGCCCUUGAAGAAACGUGGCGAAGUAGCGCGCACAGCACUUGACUUGCCUACCACCGAUCCGGGGUCAGACUUGCAUUUCUCCACAGAUGAUGAGGAGCUUUCGCCAACAGGUAAAGAGGGAUUCGGGGCAGUGGCGCCAUUGCGUCACACAUUACUUCAGAGCGAGUUGCAGCGACGCUAUAUCGAGGAAAUCGGUGAUAUGGUAGUGAAGAAACCGAAAGCGGUUCACCAUCAUAUGCCGCCUGAGUUGAUCGUGACAACACCAUCGAAGAUAACUGGGCCCGGUGGCGUUAAGACCUUGGAAAUCUAUAAGUUGACGCCACGUACAGCACCCGAGCAACAAGAGGGCGUGAGUCAAGUGAAAACAGGCCAUGCAAUUUCUCCUGCUGCUCGACGCACUUACUCCUGGCACAAUCUCAAUCAGGAAAGCGGCCAUGCCAGGCCAAAUUUCUUUGCUCGAGAGCCCAAGCCGUCGGUGAAGAUAUACAGGGCGCCUCCACGACGCAAUGUACCUAGCAAUUUUAUACCGCUUGCCCAGCAAAGAAAUGGUGGAAACGCUGACGACUUGCAAUUGAAGUUGUCAUUGAAGAAAAAGAUAUGGACGGGAGCACACGGCGAGCCAGAGAACAGACCUCUCGCCUGGUACAAGGGCAAUCAAUGCAAAGCACAUCCUCAGUUGGCUAACGUAAUGGCAUCAGCUGCUGCUGCCGCCACAGCGAUGCGUUCCGGAGGCGGACAGGCGCAGAAUGUAUUUGGUGCUAGCAAUAAGGAACUGAUGGCAUCUGCAGGAGGAACUGCAACGACUCCAUUGCCGCCCGCUUAUGUAGGUGCGCCACGUCGAUCACGCAAAGUCGAUCAAGUGGACUUAUUCAAUGCCUGCUCACAAAAGUUGCUAAUGUGGCAGCAGGAACACAAGAAGUUGCAACCAAUGCACGCUCGCCUCAUGGGCGGCACCAGCACCAGCGUCAAGUUGGACGAUUCGCAUGUGCAGAUGCGCACCAGCAAACCAAAAAAAGGAACAAAAACCGCCAGCGAUAGUGAAGUGGUUGCGAGUACUGGGAAAGGCAAGCGCAAGUCGAGCAUUAUCAAGAUUGCAGAGACAACGCAGCUGGUAACGCGAUUUUCGCGCACACGCAACAACACUGGAUGCUCUGGCGGCAACAAUAACGCGGCACAGAAACAGCAAAUGACUCAAAUGCAACGACUGAUAUUCAAGGGCACCGAACAAAUGAACAAUGCAUCUGCAGUUGGCUUGCAACAACAGUCCGCCGGGGGACGAACAGCUAGCAAAUUUAAGACUGGCGGCAUUGUGGUGACUGCAGUUCAACAAUCGAUAGUCAGCAACACAGUGGCUGGAAGUGCUGGCGGAGUAUCGAGGCGGAUGCGUCACGCUGGUUUGGUGCACCUCAAGAGUGGUCCAACUACCGUCGUUGACGAUGAUAACGCUGUGCAAUAUCGCCGCAACAGCAGCUCCGUGCAGAUCAACAAACCGACCACUGCCGGCGGCAUAUCGUUAGACACCGUCAGUCUGGUUCGCAAAGUGAAGACCAAGUUGAAGAAGCGAAAGUCGCGAACGCUUGCGAAAGCCGCUUCGGCAGCAGUUAAAUGAAACAAAUGAGAGCUAGUGAAGAACUUAACAUCUCAUAUGAAAGAAACUAUCGGACCCAGACCCGGACAUUCCUCAGCAUCUCCUAGAUCGACAGCAUCAUUCCCUUAUCCCGCAAAUUUAUGUAUUUGUAUGUAAAUUAUUGUUUUUAACCAAAUUUUAGUCCAAUUUUAAUAAGUUAAGCUACUUAUCCGCAGUCAUAGAAUAAUCAAAAUAUUGAUGGAUUAGUCACAAUGUGAGCAUCAUAUAUAGCAUAGCAAAAUUAAUGGGGCCUUCAAGUGCUCCCAAAGUUUAGGCAUUUUUGUAUUUUGUACAUACUGUGUGUGAUGAAUUGAAUGUUCUACAUGUAGAGAUACAUAAACGAUGAGAAUAUUAACCCAUUUAGGCCGCUUUCAAAUUUGCAAUAAAAAUUAUAAUUGUUUUGAAACGACACUUGCUAUAAA